AUUUCAUGUAAUUGAAGUGUGGCGUUUUAUUUGUGCAUUUCGAGUGUGAUCGUCAUGAAAGUCAUUUCUACCGUGUGUAAUUAGUGUUUCUUGACAAACGACUACCUUAUUCGCUGAAAAGAAUCGAUUUUUUGCUGCAGAGAAGUGUGAUGUGUGUAUUUUUAAAAGCUUUCAAAUCAGAAGUGAUUUAUCAAGUGCAUUUUUCCGCGUUCAGAAAGGAUUUUUUCCCAAGUGAUUAAUUCUCAUAUGUUACAUUUAAAUCUGUCAAAAUGAAGUUCAGUCGAUUCACCUUGAUUUUUGGACUAUUUUCAUUUUCAAAUGCACUUACACUCUUUGACAUACACGAUUGGAUUACUUACAAGUUUAAACACGGAAAGGGAUAUAGAAAUUACUUCGAAGACACUCGUCGAAUGAACAUUUACCUGGAGAAUUCAAUACGAGUUCGGCAGCAUAACGAGCGAUUCAAUAGAGGAGAAGUUUCCUAUCGAUAUGGUUUAAAUAAGUACAGUGAUCUAACACACGAAGAGUUUGUGUCGGAAAUGAAUGGAUUGAGAACGUCUUUGAGAGUACGAAACAAUCCAAAUGCAACUGUUUUCUUCGAGGGAGCUAAUGCAGAUGUUCCCGAUUCGAUUGAUUGGAGACAAAAGGGCGCCGUCACUGAAAUCAAAGAUCAAGGGCGAUGUGGCUCAUGCUGGUCAUUUUCAACAACAGGCGCCGUUGAAGGACAACAUUUCAUGAAGACGGGAAAAUUGGUGUCAUUAUCGGAGCAAAACCUCAUCGACUGCUCGCAAUCGUAUGGAAACAGAGGCUGCAAUGGCGGUUGGAUGGACCAAGGAUUCCAGUAUAUUAAAAGCAACGGUGGUAUCGAUACCGAACAGAGUUAUCCGUACGAAGGUCGCAACGAUAAUUGCAGAUACAAUGACAAAGAUUCCGGUGCAACUGUUAGCGGUUUCGUAGAUAUUCCCGAAGGAGAUGAAGAUAAAUUGAAAGAGGCAAUUGCUACGAUCGGCCCGAUUUCUGUUGCCAUCGAUGCGUCCAAUCCAUCGUUUCAACACUAUUCCAGUGGCAUUUAUAGUGAGGAUAAUUGCAGUUCGGAUAAUUUAGAUCACGGUGUUUUGGCAGUUGGAUACGGAACCGAAAACGGACAAGACUAUUAUAUCGUGAAAAAUAGCUGGUCAUCGAGUUGGGGUGAAAAUGGUUUUAUCAGGAUGGCGCGUAACAAAAACAACCACUGUGGCAUUGCGUCUGCGGCCAGCUAUCCACUCGUUUAGUAUUUAGAAUCAAUUUAAUCGUAAAAAAAAAAUAAAAAUAAAUUUGGCCAUGAAAAGUUGUUGUUAAGCAAUG